AAAAUAAGAGUGGGGAUCAACAGAGAGAGAGAGAGAGAGAGAGAGAGAGAGAGAGAGAGAGAGAGGAGGAGGAGGAGGAGGAGGAGGAGGAGGAGGAGGGGUAGGGGAAAAGGUGAGAUCUCGGGAUUUCUUGGGCUGCUAAUCGGUAGAUCCGGGCGCUUGAGAACAGACGGCCACAUCCGCCCCGCCAGUCCCCGAAGAUGAACGUCUUCCGGUUAGCGGGCGACAUGACGCAUCUGAUGAGCGUCAUCGUCCUUCUCCUCAAGAUCCACACCAUUAAAUCCUGUGCCGGUAUUUCAUUGAAGACCCAAGAGCUUUAUGCUCUUGUUUUUGUUGCUCGUUAUUUGGAUCUUUUUACAGAUUUUAUCUCACUCUAUAAUACAAUCAUGAAGCUAAUUUUCUUGGUGAGCUCGUUCUCAAUUGUCUGGUAUAUGAGGCAACACAAGAUUGUCCGUAGAUCAUAUGAUAAGAAUCAAGACACCUUUCGCCAUCAUUUUCUAAUAUUACCGUGCCUGCUUUUGGCCUUAUUCAUAAAUGAGAAAAUCACUUUUAAGGAGGUAAUGUGGACAUUCUCCUUGUUUUUGGAGGCAGUUGCAAUACUUCCUCAGUUGGUUUUACUGCAGAGGACAAGGAAUAUUGACAACUUGACCGGGCAAUACGUUUUUCUCCUAGGUGCAUACAGAGCCUUGUAUAUCCUCAACUGGAUUUAUCGUUACUUCACUGAGCCACACUAUGUUCAUUGGAUAACUUGGAUAUGUGGACUAGUGCAGACAUUGCUCUAUGCUGAUUUCUUUUAUUAUUACUUCAAUAGCUGGAAGAACAAUGUCAAGCUUCAAUUACCUGCUUAACUGCAUCUCAGACUUCAGAUCAGCUGUGGUAGAUCAGGGCAGCAUGUAGAACCUGAAUUCUUGUUGAUUCAUAUAGCAUAGCAAUUUCUUUGUUUUACUUGGGUGCAUUAAUGUGCCUCUUGAUGGGUUAUCAGGUUGGGAUUCUUUUUAGUCCAGGAGAGAUGUCUACAAUCGUGGAUCAUCAUUCUGGGCAAAAAGCAUUUCUCUGUUGGCUGUAUUACUUUUUUGUGUAACCAUCAGAAAUCUCUAUAGCAAGCUCUCAUCUGUAAACUACAUGGUCGUGUAAUUUUCCAAAUUAUAAUACAACAUGUAAGUUUCGCAGUUAUGAUUUAUUUUAUGCAAGGAUCUGUUGGCUUUUUUCAG